AUGUUUUCCAAAGACAUAGAUAUAAGCAAGAAAUGCAAUGGGUUUUGCAAGAACAAUAUACAGAUUGGGGCUGUAACAGGUAAGGUUAAUGGAGCUGGAAAAUAUGGAUAUUUCAAACACUACUAUUUGUUUGGACAAUGGAUAGAAAAGCUCAACUACACUGGAAAACCUCUUCGGAUAGGAGAUGGUAAGAAAAAAGGCUCUAAAAAAUCUUUUAGCGAUUCAUAUGAUAGACUAUAUGAGGUGGCAACUUACUACUCUUCGUUAUAUGAUAAAGGUUCUAGCUCCAUAAAAACCCCUCUGAUCCUUGGUGUCAAGGAUAGACCUGGAGGAAGCUACACAUGGUACGAGAAUACCGGAGAUUGUAUAACAUGGAAGGAUAUCGAUGGCCAGGGAGAAUUCCCCAAAUAUAGCAAUCAGUCUACUGAAGACUUUACUAAGAAACUAGAUAAACUCUCAUGUACUCUUCACCACCUUCAUAGAGCUGAUAUACAGAAGGAUUAUAAGCAAGAAGGUACUUAUAAAUGUGCUAUUUGUAAUAAAGCAACUGUUAAUGUUAAACAUGAAAAGAUUUGGGGUAUUUACACUAAGAUUGAUCACAUCCCACUAGAAACUAUUCCUUAUCAUGUUACAUACAAAGAUACUCUGAUUAAAUCCCAGGAACCUGGUGGCGGCAAAUUCACACCACUCUCUGUCAAAAAGGGUGAUCGCAUCUAUGUUUAUUACUGGGAGGGUGACAAUACUCAUGAUAACCCUCUUUUGAUAGAAGUUAAACCCAAUGUUGGACAGUCUACUUGGUAUGAAAACAUAGGGGAAUCCGGUGGAAAGCAUAACAAGUGGAGAAAGCUGGAAAAACAGGAGAUUUCUGGAUUUUAUAGCUCCAAACCUUGUACUGGUGACCUAAAGAAAAGAUUGGAUUUCCUUAACUGUUCACUCAAUAAUGCUGUUAGGAUUAAGUUAGGACUGGACUCUGGUUGCCAUGAUUUCAGGGAUGCCAGACACAAUAAUAGGAUAAACACUCGUCAUAAUGCUACGAUAAACAGACAACUUUUUCUUUCAGCCUAUGAAUAUACACAUAGUAGUGUAUAUAAGAAUGAGAGGUUUGCUGUGGCAGAGGUCCUACUUCAGGGCACAAGACAGAAAACAGGAUCAGGAAACCUCUUUUUCAAGAAUAUUACUAAAGUCUCUUCAUAUGAAUCAAACUGUAGUCCUGGGAUUCCGUUCCUACUUUGCAUAGAAUAUGGAACUAAUGAUAAGAAAUGCCAAUGGUACCAGAGAGAAUAUAAUAAUACAUGGAAGGAAGAUACUAACUUUUCUGGUAAUAUUGGACAGGCUUUGGAGCAGGCAAAGAUUUCCUUUAGGAUAAAACAAUGUCUUUCUCCUAAAAUUAGUCUACAAGAUGGCCUAAAAAUUAACAUUGAAGAAAAACCAGAUAGUGGUACACUUAGCAAUACGUACGAAAGUAUCUAUGGUUCUCAGGUUAUUUCAAUAUUUGUCACUAAGAGUACAGAUAAACUACCGAAGGGCUUCUUUAAAAUUACUCAGCAACCAAUCACAGGAACACCUUUUAAGCUAAGUAAGGCACUCAGUAGCAAUGGAGAUAAGAUAGGAGCGGGAAGUGGGACCAUACCUAAUGUAGAAAAUGUCUGUGUAUACUUUUGGGUUGAGGCUCCAAAUAAACCUAUCCUACUUGAAAUUAAGAAACAGAAUGAAGACCCUAAGUACUAUAGUAGAGGUGAUAGCAAAGGUAGCUCAUGGAUACAGGGUAGUUACGAUAAGCUAACUUCUGCUGAUUUGAAAGAAAUGCUUGAUGACCAAAACUGUCAUAGGAAUAUUACAAUACCGAUUGAUCUAAAUGACCCUGCCAAUCUUGAACAAUUUUACAAGGCCAUUGAGAAAAAGAUUAUUCCUACUACUCCAUACCUAAGUAAAAUACAUGUAUCUUCAUCACAAUUUCCACCUCCAAAAACUCCUCUCGGAGGCGAGUACAUCGUUAAGGAGUACACGAUUAAAGGUGGUGCAAGAAUAUCCAGAGUUACAUUUGAUGGCAGAUAUACUGACAUUCCUCCUACAGAUCUGAUAACUGGAAUUAGAAUAUGUUCUUGGAAGAAUGAAGGUAAACCUGAAAAAACCCCUCUUCUUGUAGGAUUUGUCAAAAAUGGCGUAAUAGACUGGUACGAAAAUAGUGGAACUAAAUUACCCUAUACAAAAUGGAAGCCUAUUGAUGGAAACGAAUCAAAAGGUUACUAUGAUAACGCUGGAACAGGAUCCAAUCCACAGAAGGAACUUACAGACAAACUUGAUGAAGUGAGUUGCAGAGUUCAUCGUACUGUUAGCAUAGAUAUCUCAAGAACAAAUAGGGAAAUAUAUUGCCAUAGUAUUCUUGGACAUGAAAGGAGAAUCAAAGUUAAGAGGGAUAUCAGUAGUUCAUUCAAGGAAUAUACAGGUUAUGAGCACAUUUCUGCCAUCAAGGAACAGGAUAAAUUUAUAGUAACUUCCAUAGUCAAUAAGCAAGAGAAACAAUAUGUAGAUGGACUUCCUUUCAGAGAUGUUGAUAAGGUCACUGUAUACUAUCCAGUUUGUGAUGAAGGUACUCCUGUUGCUAUACGUAUUGAAAAGGAAGAUAAUAAAGAGGGUACCACGUGGCUCAAGAAAGAAGCUAAGGGAGAUGAAUGGAAAAUCUUUGUUCCAGGCUCAAAAGGUAACUUUAUAGAUGAAAAUUCCAUAAAGGAUACUUUAGAAGAUGUAAGAAAAACUUUAACUACAUGUCAAGGAAUUACGGUAGGAGGUUUACGUCUUAAAUCCGCGAUAUCACCUGCUAAUACUGAAGCACCUGAAGAUAGUUCUAGUGACUCUGAUGAAGAUCAAACUAAUAGUACAGAAGGCGAUGACGAUAAAUACCACGGAUCUGAAGGUCAUGGUCGAAUAGUAGCGGACCUGGUAACUUUGGGGAGUAUAGCAUCCACUUUAGCUACUGCAGCUGGAGUAUAUGCUACGGAUACAGUUCUAAAAGCGACAAUUCCAACCCUUGGACUACCAAGCACAGUUAUUAGUAUGGCAAAAGAUACUCUCAAAGCUAUGGAAGACAGCUUUUCUGCAUCUAACAAGGCUCCUGAAGCCUCACCUCCACAAGAUACUCCUGUAGAUGGUGGAGGACAAAACCAUGCUCUUCAACCCCAAGCUCCUCUUCUUAGUUCUGAAUAUCUCUCUACUACCUCUGUUCCUCUUGCUACUACUUCUACUGGACCUACUUCUACUGAAUCUACUAAAGCUCAAACUCAAGCUCUAUCAACCUCAGUCCCUUCUGCUCAAGGAACUCCUGGUCGUGAAUCUCCUUCUCAUGGAGCUUCUGGCUCUGACUCUCCUACUGAUAUAAAGACUAUCUCUAUUAUCACAUCUUCCGUUCUUGUAUCUUCAGGAUCCAUAACAGGGUACCACUUAAACUUUUGGGACGUUGGAGGUCAAAAGAGUAUCCGUGCCUUUUGGAGAAAUUACUUUGAAAACACAGACGGUCUCAUUUGGGUCGUAGACUCUGCAGAUGUUGCACGAAUGGAGCUCUCGAGGGACGAGAUCCUAAAGAUUUUGCGGGAAGACCAAAUGACCAGGACAACACUUUUGGUCUUUGCAAACAAGCAGGACAUUAGAGGUGCAAUGUCCCCAAAGGAAAUUAAUGAAAUUCUUGGACUGGACGUAAUUGCUCAAGACAGAAGCUACAGAAUCCACGGCUGCAGUGGAGUUGAAGGUGACGGUCUUUUGGAUGGGAUCGCUUGGCUCGUGGACGAUAUUGCUAAUCGGAUGUAUAACAGUGGAUAA